AUGGAGGACGAUCUCCAUGUCCUAUACACGAAGAUGUCUUUAACGGAGAAGGAGGGUGAGGGUGUGGUGGUGGACACGGGUGAUCUGGAGAACGUGCUUCCGAGUGGGAAGCGCUGUUUUUUUAUGAAAUUGUUUACUGAAAAAUAUUUUAACAAGGAAGCUUUCAUAGGUACCAUGCGGAAAGUUUGGCGGACUGCUAUGGGGGUUCGGUUUCAGGAGCUCUCUCCGGUUCUUUUCCUGGUGGAAUUUGAAAAUGGCAGAGACAAGACGAAGGUUUUACGAGAAGGGCCAUGGUUGUUUGAUAAGCAUUUGGUGUUGCUAAAGAAAAUGGAUGGACGGCUUCAAGUUCAGCAAGUGCAGAUGACGAUGACUUCGUUUUGGGUUCGAUUUCAUGAUUUACCUCUUAUGGCGAUGAAUGUGUUUGUUGGAAAAAAGCUUGGAGAAAGAUUGGGUUCUAUUGAGGAGGUGGACUUGGAGAAGGGGGAAGUGGAAUGGGGUGAAUAUUUGAGGGUGCAAGUUACGUUCAAUGUAACAGAACCUUUGUUACGUGGUGCUAAGUUAUCUAUUGGUGGAGGUGAGUCAGUGUGGAUCCAUUUUUCUUAUGAGCGUCUUCCGAAUUUUUGUUAUUGGUGUGGUCGAGUUGGUCAUACUGAUAAAGAUUGUGCUUUUCGGACUCGAGAUUCUGAAGUGCAAAAGAUGGUGGCUCAACCCUAUGGUGUAUGGCUUCGGGCAGGAAGUUUCACUGAGCGUACCAACCAGGGCAGGUUCCGAGCCUCUGGUGGUGGGAAAAUGGGCCAUCCUUCUGGUGUGAGGGGUGGUCCUGGUAUAUCUCAGCCCAAGGUUGCCUCCAUGCAGAGGGAAGGUCGCAGUGAAGAUACAGUUGUAGGAGGAGGUUCCGAUAGUGCAGGUAAGGGCCGGGAUGGGGAAGAUUCACCUGUAACGGACACAGAGUUAAUGGCACCGGUAAAUACGGAGGUGGGGGAUGAUGUUCAGGGGGAGGUUGGUGGAACCGCUGAGAUAGGGGUACUCAAAGAUACGUUCCACGUAACUGACGCUCGGGUGGUUGGAGGUGAUAACCAGUUUGUUGAUGAAUUGGGAUUAAAACGGUAG